UAUAUACCCGUAAAAACUAACCUUACAUCAACUUUGUUGCAGGGGGUUUUAGAACUUUUUAUUAUUUUUGGUUUAAGGUUUUUCAGUUUUUCAUUUCAAUAUAACCAAAAAUUCCAUUAAAAAAGUUUAAUCAAUUAAUGAAAUUAUUUCUCUGGCAAAUUUUCAUGGCAUGAUUUCGAAGAAAUCUCGUAGAGUUUGUAUAGAAUUACACAACAACUAGAUCUCUCUCAUCAGAUUGAAGUGAUAUUGGUGUCACUUGCUCAUUGUACAUGAUCAUCACGUAUUGGCAUGCUACCUAAGAUAUGUCGUCGAAGAAGAGAGUAAGGCAUGGUUUCAAUGACUAUCAAUUUCCUGUUAUACCGAAAGCUCCUAGAUCAGUUAGAAGGAGACGCUCGCACAAAAAUGUAGACAAUGACCAAAUUUGUGCAUUUGAAUUACUGGCGGCUGUUGCUGGCGAACUUUUACAGGAAAGUGAAAGCUCUGCUUGUAGUAAUGCAGCGGUAGGAAAAGAUGUGCUCUCUGAUUGCAGGGAAGUUAUUAAACGCGAUCAACUCCAAGAAGAUAAAUCUAUGAAAUCAGAGUUCUUUGACCAGGGAAGUUGUGUAGAAAGCGCGUAUAUACUGGAGCCUGCUGUGCAAGAACAGAAUCUCAAGUAUAGUUUGGAUAAACCCAGUCGUACAGAAAAUAACAUUUUUCACAAGAACAGUUGUACUUUUCUCAAUUCUGAUUUUUCAAGAAAAGACUGUAAGGAGGUCAAUAUAGAUGGGAAGUCCCACACUGAAGUAGAAGAUGGAUCCUCUAGUCUGGAGGAUGUCUGUGGUAAGAGAAUCGAGACAGGUACUAAGAAACAGUUAGAUGACGGCAGCAAGACUGAAGACUUGACUGUGGCUAACUCUUGCAGUGUGAAGGGUCUAAUUGAGAAACAUGUGAAUAACAAUUCUGCAAUUAACUCAGACAGUAGUGUACAGUUUCCCUCAUAUAGGGCGGUUCCUAGGCCUUCCUUUGGAAAGCAGGGGAACAAUGUUAAGUUAGGUAUUAGAGAUGAUGACGAAAAUUCUUUUCGGUCUUAUAGACACAGCACCAACAUAAUGGCUUUCAGGCAAACAUCACAUACUGGAUACAGAAGGAUGAGAAAGAUGUUGACUUCUAGACACUGGAAAGUACUUCCUCAGUUGAAGGACUGGGAACGUUCAUGCUCCCAUUAUGGAAUAAAGUCCUUUCACAGAAACAGGAAAAGAGUACGUGCGCUGGAAAGAUGCCGACUCGAAAUUCCUUCAAAGCGAAGGAAAUUGUGUCACAAUAGCUCUAUUGUUGCUUAUGACCAGCAGGCCAAUAGUAAAAGCAUUUCAAAAUCACGUGAAAAGGGAAUCAAGAGAGACAUUAUCUCGCCUAGAGGAGCAAAAGUGGGGGCUUCAGCUUCAGACAGAAAUCAUCAAAAGAAAGAUCCUAAUGUAAAAUUUAGCAUCAAGUCAUUCAAGGUGCCAGAGCUUUUAAUCGAGGUCCCCGAAAAUGAAACUAUUGGUUCCCUGAAGAGGACGGUAGUGGAAGCUGUUAAAACUAUUCUCGGAAGUGGAUUGCGUGUGGGUAUGGUUGUCCAGGGGAAGAAGGUCAGAGAUGACAACAAAACUCUACAGCAGGCUGGUAUCUCUCAAAAUGGCAACCUCAACCUCGAUACUUUGGGUUUUACGUUGGAGCCAAGUUCUUACCCAGUUUCUCCAUCAUUGCAUUCUAAAGAUUUUUCUGCUUUGUCACCACGUGGUGUUGAUCAUGAACUAACUAGGCGGCCACCUAGUCCUAUCAUGGAAUUAGAGCUUCCAAGUGCUUCAUCAGAUCCUCCAAAGAUUAUGUUGGACGAGCAUGAUGAAGAUUACCAUGAAUUGGCGCUAUCGCCUACAAAUCUUAUUGUUGAUCCACCAAGUGGUGUAGAUAAUCCUGAUUCUGGAGCCUUGGUUAUUGUCUGUCCUCCUAAUGGUGAGGCACAUCCGGUGGUCCCCAUGAGCUCAAAAAAUGGGCGUUCCGAACUUCCACAACGUAGAACAAGGAGGCCAUUCUCAGUUGCUGAAGUAGAAGCGCUAGUUGAAGCUGUGGAGCAGCUUGGAACUGGAAGGUGGCGUGACGUCAAAAUCCGAGCUUUUGAGUAUGCUGACCACCGAACUUAUGUUGACGUGAAGGAUAAAUGGAAGACAUUAGUCCAUACAGCAAGCAUUGCUCCACAACAAAGAAGAGGCGAGCCGGUGCCACAGGAGCUUUUAGACAGGGUCUUAAUUGCCCAUGGCUACUGGUCUAAGCAACACGGUAAGCAUCAUGCUGAGAACGCUGGCGCCUUAGAGAACAACAGCAACAACAACAACAAUUCCACCUCAAUGUCAAGCAAGAUGGCUCAGUCAGCUAUAUGAAUCCUCACUUUGUUUAAAAUACCAUUUUAGGAGAAUUCAACGAUGAAUUGUAAAGAAAAUCCCUUUCGGAUGGCUAACGCACUCACACACACACACACACACUGUUUCCCUGUGUGACUGGAAAGACAGGUAAGUAGUUGUAAAUGAUUCAUUGAAUAAAGCAGUUCUAACAAACAGGCAUUAGGGAUCUCUUUAUUUCUGUUGGUUCCUAUUCUUUCAUGUAAUUGUAAGCAUGGGAUAACAAUAUACUACAAUUCAAAUGUAUUAUGUACAUUAAGGUUGUUACUGGUAUAAUUUCAAUGUUGUUUCUCUACA